GCCUUUUACGUGAUGUAGACCAGUAACCUUUGCUUCAAAGGGUUGUACGCCAUGCAUAAAAGUAUACAUAACUCCCCAAACAAUCAAACACAGGCCACAGGGCCGGUUCAUUAUAUAACAACCCAUGAAAAAGGACUCUUUGGUUGCAUGCAUUUGUACCAUUGGUUCAGAUGAACCGGAAGACGGCAACACUUGGUGAACCGGUCACUAUAUAAACCACACUAAUUUAUCACCAUUUAAACCACAACGCAUAGCCUCACCUCACGAACCCAACUCCCAAUUAACAAAUGGCUCACGGUCUAGGCUCCAUCAUGGUUCUGGCUCUGGCUCUCACUGUGGCAUGGGCCGCGGACCAUAGUCCCCUUCAAGACUUUUGUGUUGCUGAUAUAACUGGUCAAGUACAAGUAAACGGAUUCGCUUGCAAAAACCCUAAUGGUGUUCAAGCGAAUGACUUCUACUUCAGUGGUAUGCACAUGAUGGGCAACACUUCAAAUCGGUUGGGGUCAAGUGUGACCCCAGCAUUUGUGUUCCAAAUCCCAGGACUUAACACACUUGGGAUUUCACUUGCACGACUCGACUUUGCACCAUGGGGGCUCAUCCCACCUCACACACAUCCUCGUGCUACCGAAAUCUUAACCGUGUUAGAAGUGAAUCUUGUACAUUACCAAAGGAAUGUUGGGAACAUGAAUGCAGUUGCGAUGGUAGCUUUGAGUAGCCAAAACCCUGGAGUGGUUCCUAUAGCAAAUGUGGUUUUCGGUUCAAAUCCAGAUAUUUCGACUGAUGUUCUUGCAAAGGCCUUCCAAGUUAGUGAUGAUAUUAUUAGCAACAUGCAAGUUAAGUUUUAGUUCCGGUUUGAUUUCACGUUGUAGUUAAGUAUUGUUGGGAAGUAAACUAUAUGUCCCUCUUGUCUCUAUUGCAAAAAAGUAAUUCCUCCCUGCUUAAAAGGGAAGUUGAGAAAAUUGGUGCACACCACACCAAUAUACUUUAUGUUAUGCUAGAUACACAUGAUAUCAAUAUACUUUAAGUCGAUUCUUAUAUUGAAUCAUGAUUGUUUUAC